GUGUGGCAGAGAGAGGACCCGGACCGCGCAGGCCCCCGCCCCCACCCGCGCCGAGCCCCUCCGCGUCUUCCGGGCGGCGGCGGGUUGGGCCGGCCGGUUGGGCGGGAGCGGGAGGCGACCCGGGCGCGGGGCGGAGCCGGCGCGGCGCAGCUGCGGGCACCCGCAUGGGCGGCGGCGUGGGGGCGCCCUUGCGGCCUGCGGCCUGGUCAUGCCUGCAUACCUUUCAGAAGCUCAACCAGAGGCGGGACAUCUCCUCCUGGCUGACCCGAUGGUUCCCCAAGACCCCAGCCAAGUCCGUGGUGGCCCAGAAAACGCCCAUCAAGGUGGAGUUGGUAGCUGGAAAAACCUACAGAUGGUGUGUGUGUGGCCGCAGCAAGAAGCAGAAAGCACCUGAGCAGGAAGUUCCCAGGCAAGAGGCCUCCUCUCCAGCUCUGCCGCUAACUAGCAAGUCAAGGCAGGCCUCAGUUUCCAUGACCCAGUCUCUGCUGGAACAGCUUCCACCCUUCUGUGACGGCUCUCACUUCUUCCAACGCACUGGUCUAUCCCCACUCAAGUUCAAGGCCCAGGAGACCCGCACAGUGGCCCUCUGCACCUGUAAGGCUACCCAGAAGGCCCCGUACUGCGAUGGCACCCACCGGAGUGAGCGGGUGCAGAAGGCAGAAGUGGGUUCCCCGCUCUGAGGGACCAGCCCCAGGCCUCUUGCGGGCACCCUUUUUGUGGGGAAGGAAAUGGGAGUGCUGAGGCCAAGAAGGGACCACUCAGGGAUCCCAGUCCCAUCUGCUGGUUGUGAAGGGCUUACUCCCAAGACCUGAGGUCCCUCAGGCAGCUGGGGACCCCACCCCUGGCUCAUCACCUGCUGGUGAAAGUGACAUUAAACUCUGUACCCACCCAGCACA